AUGCGGCAUCUUUGUUUCCUGACACUGGGAAGCGGUAUUGGAACUGGUCUCUUCAUUGGUUCAGGGAAUAUCCUCAGCUCUGGUGGCCCUGGAUCUUUGAUGAUUGGUUUCAUACUGCUUGGACUCAUGGUCAUUACAGUGAUUUUUGCCGUGGGUGAGUUGGUGGCUACAUUCCCUUCUGCAGGUUCCUACUCUCAUAUGCUGUCAAGAUUUGUUCACCCAUCGUUUGGGUUCGCAGUCGGAGUGGAUUACUUGAUGACAUGGCUGAUCAUUUUUCCCACUGAACUCACGGCUGCGUGUAUGAUUAUACGGUAUUGGGACAAGGAUGAAGUGGUUCCCAAAGGUAUUUGGGUAGCAUUGAUUGUGGCAGGUGUCCUAACUGUGAACAUGUUUGGUGCACGAGUAUUUGGCGAGGUGGAAAUGCUGACUACGACAAUAAAAAUGCUAUCCUGUGUCGGGUUUAUUAUUUGUUGCGUCGUCAUCGUAUGCGGUGGAGCGCCAAAUCAUCAUUAUAUUGGAGCAGGUACUUGGCAUAAUCCUGGCGCGUUCAACAAUGGAUUCAAAGGGUUUUCAAAUGCGUUUGCUUUUGCCGCACUGGCUUAUGGAGGCACUGAAGUGAUUGGUGUGACGGUGGGUGAAGCGGGUAAUCCACGAAAACAACUACCUAAAGCAUCUAAGUUCGUGGUAUACCGUGUCAUAAUUUUUUUCAUUUUGUCGCUUUUUAUGGUGACAUUGCUUGUUCCUUAUGACGAACCAAAUCUGGUCGGAUCAAGUUCUUCGCCGCGUGCCACCCCAUUCGUGCUCGCGCUUAAACGCGGAAAAAUUCACGCACUCCCUGCUAUAUUCAAUGCCGUGAUUUUGCUUUCUGUUGUCUCGGUUUCAAAUACAGCUGUGUAUACUGGAAGUCGUCUUUUGUACUCUAUGGCAGAGAGCGGUUUUCUACCCAAGAUCUUCAUGUAUUCUGACCGUAAGGGACGUCCUAUGGCUGGAUUUGCUCUUCUAUUUCUCUUUGGACUUCUGGGCUUCUUGGUGUAUUCGAGCUCAGAGGAUGAGAUAUUUUCAUGGCUGGGAAGCAUUUCCGGCAUGUCAGUAAUUUUGCUCUGGAUGUGUAUCUCUCUAGCGCAUGUACGCUUCCGAUAUGCGUGGAAAAAGGCUGGAUACCGUGUGAGUGACUUGCCAUGGACUUCACCGCUUGGGGAAUGGGGCUCAUGGUUUGCGUUGAUUCUCAACAUCCUUGUAUUGAUGGCCACAUUCUACAUUUCUGCAUUCCCUAUUGGAGAAGCAGAAAUGGAUGGAUAUGAACGAGGAAAGGCAUUUUUCCAGUCGUAUCUAUCCGUGGUGAUCAUUAUAGUUGCUUUCCUUGCGCAUAAGCUUUUCACUGGCGCACGUUUUGUGCGCAUCCAUGAGAUUGAUUUACAUACAGGCCGUCGCGAUCCUCACAUGGACUCUGAAACAGAGCCUGAAGUUCGGGCUGACUACUUGAAGCCACGCUGGAGAAGAAUUCUCGAGGUCUUCUUUUGA